AGUAACUCAACAUUUCCCAAACCCUAAUCUUCUCUUUCUUCUUCAUUUCAUUUUCUCUCUACGGCAUGUCUAGCACAACAUUUACUACAUUUCCAAUGAUCAUCUCAUCCUCCUCCGCUGGCUCUAACCAUAGAAAGUCCAAUCAAAACCGCAACAGGGCGGCACCGUCCUCCUCCACCAACUCAAGCCGCUGGUGGUUCCCGCUAUUCGGAUGGACAGCAGCUGCGGAUCCUAGCAACAAGAUUAAUAAUGAAGAAUCGGUUGGAAGUGAUUCUGAAGCUGCAGAUCUGUCCGGAUCUCGCUUCCCCCCACUUGGAUGUUUUACUGAAAAGAAGGCGAAGCAACUGCGAAGGAAGACUGUGGAGAUUGCUUCGUUUCAUGAUGUAAUGUAUCAUUCUGCAAUCGCAUCUCGCCUUGCUUCUGACUCAUCUGAUCUAUAA